GAGGAUUUACCUCUUGGUCAUAUUAGGGAUAAUUAUUUCAUGCUGUCCAAACCAAGAGAACAUCACAAGGGGGGAAGAGAGGGGUCCAGGAUAUUAAAAGUGUCCCAGUCUGGUUGGUAAUCCUCGUCUGAAAAAAGCCUGUUGUGGCGUGGGACUGAGAAAAGGGGGUGAGAUAGACAGACAGACCCAGCCUGCAGUACGGAGCCGCAGCCUCGAAGCCAGGAGCCACUCAGCAAGGACCUGUCACAUCACAGUACUGCAGCCCCACAGAGGACCCAGGCACCUGAAGGGCGAGAGAGAAGAACAGAGAGCAAAAGAGAGGAGACCAAUCACAGGGUACGGCGAGGGCACCACACCACAUCACACCAGCCAGAAAUGCAAACACCACCAAACUUUUGGAGAAACGACUAAACUUUUUUCCUCUUGAUCAAAAGGAGACCUGUGCUGAGUUACAUAGUACCUGAUAGUUGGGUGAACAGCAGUGUUAUACUGUUCUAGAGUGAGUUCUAGGGUGAUCCGAGAGUGUUCCUGAGAGUUCCGGGAGAGUUCCAAGCGUGUUCUAGAGUGAGUUCUAGGGUUAUCCGAGAGUGUUCCAGAGAGUUCCGGGAGAGUUCUAAGCGUGUUCUAGAGUGAGUUCUAGGGUGAUCCGAGAGUGUUCCCGAGAGUUCCCGGGAGAGUUCCAAGCGUAUUCUAGAGUGUUCUAUACAGUGUUCUAGAAUCUUUUCAUCGGCCAUAGGAUCUGUGGGAACUAGAGCCAGACAGCAGGAUGAGUGCCACUGAAGACAUAGCAAAGGACUACUAUGACUACCCUGAUUGGAACAUGGAGAACCCUGUGCCUACCAAGGUCCCAGCUGAAGUAAUCCCACCAUGUGACCCUACAGCUGAUGAUAGACUCUACCACAUCUGCAUCUCUGCCAUUUCUCUGGUGGUCAUGUUGAUCCUAGCAUUCCUUGCCAGGAGGAUGAAGCUGGCGGAUGGGCAGAAAAGAAGUUUACUCAGCCCAGUGAACUUCCUGGACCACACGCAACACAAGGGCUUAGCUGUAGCAGUGUUUGGAGUGCUGUUCUGCAAACUGUUUGGUCUGGUCAUAGCACCAAACCCUCUUCCCUUCACCACAGACCAAGCCAACAAACAGUAUUGGAUUAUCGUCUCGCUGUUCUACUACCCUGUUCUGUACUUCCCUCUCCUGGCCUGUGGAACGCUUCGUAACGCCGUGGGGUACGUCCUGGGCUCCCUGCUUUCCUGGACUCACUUUGGGGUCCUCGUCUGGCAGAAGGCCGACUGCCCCAAGACACCAGAGAUCUAUAAGUACUACUCCCUGUUGGCCAGUCUGCCCCAGGUCUGUUGCCUGGCCUUCCUCAGUUUCCAGUAUCCUCUGCUGCUGUUCAAGGGCCUGAAGGGGACAGAGAAAACUACUGCUGGCGAGGACCUGAGCAGCAGCUACUACAAUGACUACGUCAAGAAUAUACUAAAGAAGAAGAAGCCUUCCAAAACCAGUACAAGCACAGAGAAGCCCACACUGGUGGAGAGGAUAACUGAUGCUGUGAAGUCCUACAUCUACAUACCAGAGGAAGUUUUCCGGUUUCCCCUGAAGCUGGCGAUAUCUGGAGUAGUGUCAUUUACCGCUCUUUACCAGAUGGCUUUGGUGUUUGUGGCCAGCGUGGUGCCGACGCUCCAGAUUGUCCGUCAAGGCAUCAAUGAAGACAUCGCCUUUCUACUGGCCGGUUUCAACAUCAUAUUAUCAGAGGACAGGGCCGAAGUGGUCCGGAUAGUGGUCUAUUACAUGUGGUGUGUAGAAGUGUGCUACCUCUCUGCGAUGACCCUGUCCUGCUCAGUGAACCUGGUCAUGCUCAUGAGGUCCAUGGUCCUGCACCGGUCUAACCUAAAGGGGCUGUAUAGAGGAGACAUCUAUAGUGUAUAUAACUGCCAGAGGAGUAUCAGACCAUCUCGUCCUGCCCUGGUCUGCUGGAUGGGAUUCACCAGCUUCCAGGCUGCUCACAUCUGCUUAGGUAUGCUAAUCCAGACCAUAGUGUUCUUCCUGUGUCUGCUGAUCGCUGUGUUCCUCAUCAUCAUCCCCAUCUUCCACGGACAGAACCUCAUGCUCUUCAAGGUCCUGGGGAACAUGUGGCCGUUCUGGUUGAUGCUGUUCUCAGUUGUAGUGGUCCAACAUGUCACCACCAGGUUCUGCUUCAUUAAGAAGUCUGCAGGGACACGGGACCUCCACAACAGGGGUAGUCUCUUCCUGCUGACCUACCUGUUGUUCCCGGUCAAUGUUCUGAUUGGUGUGGUGCUGGGAGUGUGGCGGCUGGUCAUCACGGCCCUGUUCAAUAUCGUCCACCUGGGACGCAUGGACAUCAGCCUCCUCAACCGCAAUGUAGAGGCCUUUGACCCCGCCUACCGUUGCUAUGCUCACUAUCUAAAGAUUGAAGUGAGUCAGAGUCACCCGGUGAUGAAGGCCUUCUGUGGGAUGAUGCUGCAGUGUGCCAGGCAAGACGGGGCCGAAAAGAAGGCAAGAGAUGCAGAGGAAGGCAUCCAGCUAGUCAAUCAGGAGAAGAAGCCACAGCAUAAGGUUUCCAUCUCUAAACGGGCACGGGGCCACUGGCAGCUCCUCUACACCCUGGUCAACAACCCCUCGCUGGUGGGCUCCAGGAAGCACUUCCAGCGUCAGAGCAACGAGAGCUUCUUCAACGGAACACUCAACUGGGCUGCAAAAGAGGGGACGAAGAAGGAGGCAGGAAACAUAGAGGCAGGGAAGGAAACGGAGGCAGUGACUAACUGAGACUGAACGUGUCCCCCAGGCUUGUGGUCAACUCCAUUCCAAUUCAGGAAGCAAACUGAAAUUUAAAGCUGCAUUAUGUAACUAUUUGGGUGACCUGACCAAAUUCACAUAGAAUUGUGAGUCAUAGAUCUGUCAUUCGCAAUGAAAGCCUGUCUGAGAAGUGGUAGCUCUGUUCUGUGUGCUAUUUCUAUUAUUCCCGUUCUUAAGUUUUGGUUUUGUACACCAGCCUCAAACAAGAUUUUUGCUACUUAAAGAUAUUUCACAGUGGUUUAGAUGGUUUAGAUGUAUUAUGAUCCCCAUUAGCCGACGCAGAUGGAGACAGCUAGUC